CGCUAGAUCCGCUCCCCGUCUUCUUGCCUCGCACAUCGGCAACCGCACCUCACCUGCCAUGGGCUCUCACCGCCGCUGACACUGGGGCCCAACGCUCUCGCCCGCCUCCGCCUCCGCCUCCGCGUCCUCCCCCUCCCCCUUCUCCCCCUCCUCCUCCUCUUAUUGCCUCCACUGACCCGCGCCGCCCGCCCCCUCCCGCCGACAUCGGAAACCUUAGUCCUAGCUGUAGUCGGAACCGCCUGGCCGGCUCGCCGCUCCCCCACCCGAAGCCUCCCCGAGCACUUGGAUGCGCCGGCUGCUCCGAUGGCUGCCCUUCCGCCCGCCGCAGAGGGCCCCGACGCCGUGGAGAUCCGCGAUGUCUGGGCGGGGAACCUGGAGGAGGAGUUCGCGGUGAUCCGCGAAGUCAUCGACGAGUACCCGUACGUCGGCAUGGACACGGAGUUCCCGGGCUUCGUGCUGCAGCCGAGCGGCAGGUUCUUCUGCCAGAGCGACGUCAACUACGCCAGCCUCGCGGGCAACGUCAACGUGCUCAAGCUCAUCCAGCUUGGCCUCACCCUCUCCAACGAGGCCGGCGCGCUCCCGCCGUUCGGCACCGGGGGGCGGGGCUGCGUCUGGCAGUUCAACUUCCGGGGCUUCGACCAGCGCACCGACCCCUACAGCGCCAACUCCGUCGACAUGCUCCGCAACAGCGGGAUCGACUUCGACCGCUUCGCUGCCGAGGGGGUCGACUCCACUCGCUUUGCCGAGCUGAUGAUGUCGUCCGGGGUCGUGCUCAACGACAACAUCCAGUGGGCCACGUUCCACAGCGGGCACGACUUCGGCUACGUGCUCAGGCUGCUCACCGGCCGGGAAAUGCCGAACACCUUGGAUGAGUUCCUGAAGCUCACCAAGACCUUCUUUCCGGUGCUGUACGACAUCAAGCAACUCAUGAAGUACUGUGCUGGCCUAUAUGGCGGGCUGAACAAACUUGGGGAGCUGCUCAAAGUCGAGCGCGUUGGGAUCAGCCACCAGGCCGGAUCUGAUUCACUGAUGACUCUGCGGUGCUUCUUGAAGGUCAAGAAUUUGUACUUGAAGGAAUCUGUCAAGCUGUAUGAUGGUUUGUUGUAUGGGCUUAUUCCAGGGGAAGGGGUGAUCAAACAUGGACCUCCGCCCAUUUAGUCUGUAAUGGAUAGUUAAAUAACCAGAUUCUGAAUGAGAAAAAUGCAGAACAAAAGCUAUUGUCGGUGAAUAUAAGGCUGAUCUGAUGGUUUCUUGUGCUUGAUA